CGUUCAUUCAAAUGGGAGAAAUAGUGUGUCGUGCCCUUUCUUCGGUUCCUAUCUCAUAAUCAGGCCACUGUGAUUUGCUGUUCGCCAUUGUUAGCAGUUAACGGUGAUGAUCUCUGCUCCCAAUUCCCACCCACGCCACGCCUUUCUUCUUCUUCUUAAGCUCGAUUCCACUCCACAAUUCCACUAUCUGCCUAUACGCGUGAAUGUACCUUGACCAAGUCAAGCAUGCUACCCACAGGCCAGUCCCAAUCCCAAUCCCAAUUCCCCCCACUCGUCAUAAAUGCCUGACCACUAUGUCCACCAGAAAGCUUAUUAAACCCUCCUGUCCGUUGAAGCUCGUGUACAUAUCCAUGGCGUCCCUUUUCUCCUUCGCCCUCAUCCUCUUCCUCGUCCUCUUCUUCACCCUCUCCUCCGCCUCCCGCCACCACGGGGCGCCCAAAUCUGGCGGCGGAGGCGGCGCCGGCUUACCCCUCUCCGCCCGUAAUGCCUGUAAGGUCUCCGCUGACCCGCCAGAGUGCGAGUCCCAACUCGCCAGCUCCGAUCUGCUUCCGCCUAACCCGACUGCGGUCCAGAUUAUCGAGGCGGCGAUGGGGGUCUCUUCUCAGAAACUCCAGCAGGCGAAAUCCAUGGUGAUUGAUAUCCUCAACCGCUCCCAGCAAAACCACAACCGCACAGUUGCGGCCGAGACGUGUCUUGAGCUGUACGGUUACGUGGAGCCGCGGAUGAAAUCCGUUGGAGAAGCUCUCCAGAGCGGGAAGCUCAAGGACGCCCGCGCGUGGAUGAGCGCCGUACUGGUAUACCACUACGACUGCUGGUCGGCGCUCAAGUACGUGAACGAAACCUCUCAGGUGAACAGCACAAUGGCGUUCACGUGGGCGCUUCUAGGGUUCACCGGCGACUCGCUGGGGAUGCUGGUGAAUUACGACCGGGUCGGGGGCGAUACCGGGUCGUGGGGCCAGCCAAAAACCGAGCGCGACGGGUUCUGGGAGAAGAGCGACGGAUCCGGGUCAGUUAUCAACGUCGGGGUUCCACCCGGGUUGACCCCGGACGUGACGGUGUGCAAGCAAGGCAGCUGCAGCUUCGAGAAAGUUCAGGAUGCCGUGAACGCCGCGCCGGAUCGCAGCCCGACCCGGAAGUUUGUGAUACUGAUAAAGGCCGGGCUCUACGAGGAGAUAGUUCGGGUCCCGUUCAAUAAAACGAAUGUGGUGUUUUUAGGGGAAGGCAUGGGCAAAACUAUCAUCGCCGGAGACUUGAGUGUGGGACUUCGCGGAAUUACAACCUACCACUCUGCCACUGUUGCUGUGAAUGGAGAUGGAUUCAUGGCAAGGGACUUGACGAUCAAGAAUACGGCAGGCAUAGGAGCUCAGCAAGCAGUGGCCUUCCGACUAGAUAGCGAUCGUUCAGUCAUAGAAAACUGUGAGUUCAUCGGCAAUCAAGACACUCUCUACGCGCACUCCCUUCGUCAGUACUACAAGUCCUGCCAUAUCCAAGGCAAUGUUGACUUCAUCUUUGGAAACUCGGCUGCAGUCUUCCAUGAGUGCCUAAUCUCCGUCGCACUCAGGCAACUGAAACCAGAAAAGCCGGCAAACAACGCCGUGACGGCUCACGGGAGGAUCCUUGCGGCUCAGUCUACUGGCUUCGUCUUUUUGGGCAGCAAUAUCAAUGGCACUGAGGAGUAUAUGCGGUUGUAUGUCCAGAACCCUAACAAGUUCAAUACCACCUACCUAGGAAGGCCGUGGAAGGAGUAUUCAAGAACGGUGUUUAUAGACUGUACGUUAGGUGAUCUUAUUUCUCGUGCAGGAUGGUUUCCGUGGAAUGGUGAUUUCGCACUGGAUACGCUUUAUUAUGGGGAGUUCGGCAGCAAAAAUGGGGAUGGAAUGGCUGUUGAUACGUCUGCACGUGUGAAAUGGAGUAACCAGAUCCCGGCUGCGCAUGUGUCCUCGUACUCCCUCCAGAAUUUCAUUCAAGCUGAUCAAUGGAUCCCUGCCUCCAGGGUCUUGGCCGCCUUCAAGACAACCUGAGACAUCCCCCCCCCCCCCCCAAAGUUUAGAGAGACUAAAUUGUAUACAUCAUUCAUCCAACUAAACUUUGACAAAAUACAACCUCAGAUUUUUUAUUUGUUUUGUCUUUGUUUGUGGAUAGUUUAUUUAGUACUUGUUUAAUUUUUCUAAUGUAGCAAAUACUAUGCAUCAAAAUAUAUAAAUAUUGUUUUUUCAUCUUCCUUCUUGCAUUUUGUAUUUGUCUACAAAUCAUUUUACCAUUAAAUUAUCAUCUUUAAGGAAUAGCUUUUACAAAAAUGCUUAGUGUGUGCUUUUAGAGUUGGACUUGGGGAGUUGGGGUACACACUUUUUUGUGCACUCACUUUUACAAGUGUAGUUUUUUUUUCACAGACAAAACGUAUUUUGAUGAGUUGUCUUGUUUGUACUUCCAGACGAAUUGUCAUUAUAUAAAAACUUUGUCUAUGAAAUAAUGAUAAAAUGUAUGAAUGUAAUCAUAUAUUAGCAGGAUCCUACAUUCAUACUACUCAGUAUGUUAGUAGGGGCCUAGAACUAGAAGCACGGUGUCUAUUUUUCUCGGCCAUCCUCUUGAAGAUAGAAAUGGUAUUUUAUUGGCAACCAAAAUUGAUUAUACGUAGUAAUAGGGUUGCUAGAAAACUACAUCCAGUAUGGGGAUGGCAAAAUUGAUGCCUCCGAUUUUGGAUCAGUGUCCAAAUAGACAGGCAUUACUUGCAUGUUAGACAAAUAUAUAAAGUUCGUUCUUGCCUUU